AUGUCGAAGUUCGGGGUCCUGGUGAUGGGCCCGGCGGGCGCUGGCAAGACCACCUUCUGCACAGCCCUCAUCCAGCAUCUACAGAACACCCGGCGCAGCUGUUUUUACGUCAACCUCGACCCGGCGGCCGAGACCUUCUCUUACGAGCCGGACCUGGACAUCCGCGACCUGAUAACGCUUGAAGAUGUGAUGGAGGAGAUGGGCCUGGGCCCCAAUGGCGGGCUGAUGUACUGUUUCGAGUUCCUGCUGCAGAAUCUCGACUUCCUCAACGAUGCUCUGGACCCGCUGAGCGAAGAGUACCUGAUCAUCAUCGACAUGCCGGGCCAGAUAGAAUUGUAUACCCAUGUUCCCUUACUGCCGUCACUGGUCCAGUAUCUUUCGCGGUCCGGUGCUCUCAACAUCUCCCUGUGCGCUGCUUAUCUGCUGGAAAGCUCCUUUGUCGUCGACCGGCCCAAGUUCUUCGCCGGUACGCUGAGCGCAAUGUCUGCCAUGAUCAUGCUGGAGAUACCACACGUGAAUAUUCUCAGUAAGAUGGACCAGAUAAAGGGUGUCAUUGGUAAAAAGGAGCUCAAGCAGUUUACCUCCGUGGACGUCAACUUGAUGGAGCACGGGAGUGGAGAGCCUGAGAGUCAGUCUGGUGGCGGCGACCCUUCGUCGACCAGCGAGGUCCUGACGGGCAGCUCGUUCAAUCGCUUGAAUAAAGCUGUUGCUCAACUGAUUGAUGAUUUUAGCAUGGUAUCAUUCCUGAAGCUCGACGUGCAGAACGAAGAUAGCAUCUCUGCCGUGCUAAGCUAUAUUGAUGACGCCAUACAAUACCAUGAGGCACAGGAACCUAGAGAACCGGCGGCCGAUCCGGAAGAAGAGGCAGAUAUGGAGUGA